AGAUUAUGAUAGUUAUUCAGACUUCAACUGGAGGUCAACUAAUAAAUUGAUGACCCCUGGUCAGUUACAGGGGUAAUGUUGUUUGUAUGUGUUACCGUUACCGUUACCGUGGUCCGUGAAAUAUGGUCCCAACGACUUAGUAACAAACUAUUCUGUGAAUCUAAACAAUAAUAACAUUGCUUUUUCUUCAUCUUUGCCAUAUACUCACUUUGCUAUCUUUACCUGUUUGUCCAACAAAAUCAUUCUGACAUAUCAACUACCCCUCUUUAACUUUAUUCCCUUUUAAUUAUUCACAUUCACUCGUAGUGGCAUCCCUACAAUACCAACUUACCAUAAUAACACCACUCUCAUUCACUCCUGUAAAAUUCACGGCAACCAAUAUUCAUCAGUAUCCAACCAUAUCCUCACGCGCAUUAACCUGUGCAACACUACGAUUGGGACUACCUACUUAGAUAGGUCUACUGUGUACACUUUUUGUUAUAAGGUCGCCAUAACAAAAGUUAGGGAGUGUGAAUUGCUCAUGAUUCCGACCUUGACUCUUUCUAUCUUGGAUACUUUGACCAUCUCUCAUUCUGUACCCCAUUCAUCUUCUACCUGCCACAUUUCACACUCACAAUAUCUUUUCAUCAUAUCUUGCCAACCACAACUUUCACAACUUUCACAACUAUCAUAAUGGCAUCAAAGGACUCUGCAAAUAAAGAUGUCCAAUUUUCAGCUCGUGAAAUGGAGAUACUUGCAAAGGCGUGGCAAUGUUUCGACGACUUACCUAGAAUCGACUUUGUAAAGCUUGCAGAAAUUGCGGCAUUCAAAAACGCCGCCAGUGCGCGAGCAUGCUUCUUGCCUAUCAAGAAGAAGCUUAUUACCGCUGCUGGUGGCCCUAGCCAGGGACAAUCGAGUGUUCCGAGCACUCCCACCAAGGGCCGCGGCAAACGUAGUCUGGAGAGUAACCCGGGUUCCAACAAGAAACCGAGAGCUUCCGCCAAACUCAUAGCCAUCCCUGACGUUGAAGAAGACGACGACGAGGAUGUGAUCCAUGCCAGACUCAAGGCUGAACUUAAAGCUAAGAUCGACCAGGAAAAGGAAGAUGAGAUGAUGGUGGUGGAAGAGUAUGUGGGGUGGGAGAAUAACGAGGAGGAUAAUGAGCAGGAUGAGGGCGAGGUUUAAUGGCGAUAAUGCAUUCGAAACUGCAUAUAAAGCUGCCAAGCCAGAUAGGAUGUAAUGUCGCAGCAUGUUUUGACAUCGCAAACGAUAACCCGGAUCUUGGAGAAAGAAAAGUCACGUGCAAAGGGGGACAAAGAGACCUUACAUGUGCACCUCCGGACUUACAUAUGUAUAGUACGCCUUCUCAUCGUAGGCACGCACAGCUAUCAACUAUGUACCACGGAUUUGGAAUAUCUGGGCGAAGGACUUUGAGGGGGGUGUAAGAGAUUAUGAGCUUUAUGUAUAGUAGGUUAUGUAGUACUAGGUAAAGAAAGAGGUAGCCAACAGUGAACAUGGCUUUCCAAAACCUUGGAACCUUGGCCUUUAUAAAUCAUGAUCCGAAUUAUGUAAAAA